UGUGUGAGCCUUUGAAAUCCAUGAUUUUUUUCUGCAGAUGUAGGAAGAAGGAAGUGGAUGAAUAAAUAAGCAUGGCCUUGCUCCUGGUCUUCUUGCUGGCGUGCCUGAGCUUGGGCUCAGGAUGUCAUCAUCAGAUCUGUCACUGUUCUAAUGGGGUUUUCCUCUGCCAAGAGAGCCAAGUGACAGAGAUUCCCUCGGACCUGCCCAGGAAUGCAGUUGAACUGAGAUUUGUCCUCACCAAGCUUCAAGUUAUCCCGAAAGGAGCAUUUUCAGGAUUUGUGGACCUGGAGAAAAUAGAGAUCUCACAGAAUGAUGCCUUGGAAGUGAUAGAGGCCAAUGUGUUCUCCGACCUGCCAAAAUUACAUGAAAUUAGAAUUGAAAAGGCCAACAACUUGCUGUACAUUGACCCUGAGGCUUUCCAGAACCUUCCCAACCUCCGAUAUCUGUUAAUAUCCAACACAGGCAUUAAGCACUUGCCAGCUGUUCACAAAAUUCAAUCCUUACAGAAGGUUCUACUAGAUAUUCAAGAUAACAUAAACAUCCACACAGUUGAAGGAAAUUCUUUUGUGGGACUGAGUUUUGAAAGUAUGAUCCUGUGGCUGAAUAAAAAUGGAAUUCAAGAAAUACACAACUGUGCAUUCAAUGGAACCCAACUAGAUGAGUUGAAUCUCAGUGAUAACAGUCAUUUGGAAGAACUGCCUAACGAUGUUUUCCAGGGAGCCUCUGGACCAGUCAUUCUAGACAUUUCAAGAACCAGAAUCCGCUCCUUACCUAGCUAUGGCUUAGAAAAUCUUAAGAAGCUACGGGCCAGGUCGGCUUACAACUUAAAAAAACUUCCCAGUCUGGAAAAGUUUGUCUCACUCAUGGAAGCCAGUCUCACCUACCCCAGCCACUGCUGCGCCUUUGCAAACUGGAGACGACAGAUCUCUGAGCUUCAUCCAAUUUGCAACAAAUCUAUUUUAAGGCAAGAAAUUGAUGAUAUGACUAAAGCUAGGGGUCAGAGAGUGUCUUUGGCAGAAGAUGAUGAGUCCAGUUACACCAAAGGAUUUGACACAAUGUACAGUGAAUUUGACUAUGACUUAUGCAAUGAAGUAGUUGAUGUGACUUGCUCUCCUAAGCCAGAUGCAUUCAACCCGUGUGAAGAUAUCAUGGGGUAUGAUAUUCUCAGAAUCUUGAUAUGGUUUAUAAGCAUCCUCGCCAUCACCGGGAACAUCACAGUACUGGUGAUUCUGAUUACCAGUCAAUAUAAACUCACAGUUCCCCGCUUCCUUAUGUGCAACCUAGCCUUUGCUGAUCUCUGCAUUGGAAUCUACCUGCUGCUCAUAGCAUCAGUUGAUAUCCACACCAAAAGCCAAUACCACAACUAUGCCAUAGAUUGGCAAACUGGAGCUGGCUGUGAUGCAGCCGGCUUUUUCACUGUCUUUGCCAGUGAGCUCUCAGUCUACACUCUCACAGCCAUCACGCUGGAAAGGUGGCACACCAUUACUCAUGCCAUGCAGGUAGACUGCAGGGUGCAGCUCCGCCAUGCUGCCAGUGUCAUGCUCAUAGGCUGGAUCUUUGCUUUUACAGUUGCGCUCUUUCCCAUUGUCGGCAUCAGUAGCUACAUGAAGGUUAGCAUCUGCCUGCCCAUGGACAUUGACAGCCCCUUGUCACAGCUGUAUGUCAUGUCCCUCCUUGUACUCAAUGUCCUAGCCUUUCUGGUCAUCUGUGGCUGCUACACCCACAUCUAUCUCACAGUGAGGAACCCCAACAUCGUGUCUUCCUCUAGUGACACCAAGAUUGCCAAGCGAAUGGCCAUGCUCAUCUUCACGGACUUCCUCUGCAUGGCCCCCAUCUCCUUCUUUGCCAUCUCUGCUUCCCUCAAGGUACCGCUCAUCACUGUGUCCAAAUCUAAGAUCCUCCUGGUCCUGUUCUACCCCAUCAACUCGUGCGCCAACCCCUUCCUCUAUGCCAUCUUCACCAAAAACUUCCGCAGGGACUUCUUCAUUCUGCUGAGUAAAUUUGGCUGGUAUGAAAUGAAAGCCCAGCUAUACAAGACAGAAACUUCAUCCACUGCCCAUCACUCCCAUUCACGGAAUGGCCACUGCCCUCCAGCACCCAGGUCCCCAGUGGUUCCAAUUAUACAUUUGUCCCUCUAAGCCAUGUAGCCCAGAACUAAACCAAAAUGUGCAAAUCCAGCUAAGUGUCAUUUAGUCUCACUUGUGAAGAAUGUGCCAGGAGCUAGCUGACUGAAUGCAUCUAAUGUAAAUCUUCUUGGUACACCUGUCAGCUAAAAUCAGAACAAUUAACUCCAUGUGGUAGAUUAGGAAGUUCAAGUAUUAAUGACAAUGACUGAUUUAAUAUUAUGUUACAUUUGUUUUAUAUUUUGCAGUGCUUUUGUUCAGAUUAUCUCAAUUGGUUUUUAUAUAAGUGUCCUAUAAAUACGGAUUGUUAGAGAUGGGGAAACCAACACUCAAAGAGCUAGGCAACUUGUUCAAACUGCUUGGCUUGU